AUGCAGCGAAAUGAAAGAUGGCACGCAGUUGGUGUCAAUGUGCGAAAGAUGGUUGACAAAAUUCUCACUCAAUAUUCAUCUGAUUUUGUAGUUAUCCGAGAACUUAUUCAAAAUGCUGAUGAUGCGAAAGCAACAUCAUUUCAAUUGCAGAUUAUAUGCGAUGCACCGCAGUCAUCAUCAGAUGAGAAAAACUUUCAUGGUCAAACGAUUAUUGAAGUACGUUUGAUAAACAAUGGGAACGUCUUCUCAGAAACUGAUUGGAAACGUGUGGCUACUAUUGCCGAGGGAAAUACAGAUCCACAAUCUGUUGGUCAAUUCGGUGUAGGAUUUUUCUCGGUAUUCUCAUAUGCAGAAGAGCCUAUGAUUACUUCAGGAAAGGAGUACAUAAAAUUCGGGUGGGAAGGCGAUAGAUUGUUAUAUGAACAUGGUCAAUUACCUGCUCAACAACAGUCGAGUAAAACUUCGGUUACUCUUCACAUGCGAGAUGCUUAUAUUCUGAGUACCGAAUCAUCUGAAGAAACAAAAGCAGUCGUACCAACAAUCGAUUUAACUCAAUUGAAAACUUAUUUUGCAAAAGUUCUUUCAUUCACAAGAAAUCUUGUAAAUCUUACCAUAACAAUCAAUUCAACGAAUGUCUUUCAAAUAUCGAAGACGAAAUCUCCACUCCUAAACACGUUUGCAUUUAAACCGCAACAUUCAGUCAAUCAAAUGCUAUAUAUGAACUCCUUUCAUCUAACAGAACAAACACUCACCAUUGAUAAUACUACAUCGAUGACUCUAGGGCAUAUUACUGUCGAAGCGAACGUUUAUGUCGAUCAACAGUUUUAUGCUUAUGUUCAACGAAAUCUGAAAAGUUUACCAUCAACGGUUCAAAUUCAGCUUUUAUUCGUCCCAACUGAGACGAUUCGCGAUCAAAAGCAAUGUGAACCAUCUUUGUCAAAGAGAAUUCUGAAUUCGAUUUUGCCAUUGAAAUUGCUUGAUAACAACGAAAUUGAUCCAUCGGGAUUUGUGUUUAUCGGACUUGGAACACACCAAUCGAUUGGCAUAGGCAUGCAUGUCUACAGCCAUUUUAUCCCGACUGUCGAACGUGAAGAACUCAAUUUACAAGAUCCGUACAUAGCUCGAUGGAAUACAGAACUUCUAUCAGCUGUGGGACAAAUUGCUCGGAUUCUCUAUGAUCAGAUGAUCUCUCGCAACCACUAUUCCGAUUACAGUACGUUGAUCAAAACAUACUCUUUUCAACCAACAACGCCCAAUGUAAAAGUUGGUAACAUCGUUCGCAGCGGAUUUUUCGCUUUCGUGGAAAAAAUUCUCGUUCCGGUGAAAGCCUUGCCAUCAGCAGAACAAUUGUCGUUGAUACCAUCUACUACAGCAUAUAUUGCCGAUGCUGAACAUAUUCACGGAUUUCUUUCUGUUCCACUUGUGCCAUUUGACCUGACAAAAAAUGAUUUCUUUACGGCGCUGAAAGAAUAUCAAAUGAUUCAUGUUGUUCAGAAAUCUUUCAUCAAAAAACACUUGACCACGUCGAUCCUUUCAUUCGACGAACUAACCGAGCUGUUGAAAUGGCUUUGCACUUGUAGUAGUAAUGAUCGUUCCUACGUAAAAGACAUUCUAUCAAUCACACGUUUCCGAAAAACGACAAAUUCAUUCAAAAUUUCAUUUCAAAAAGUGAUUCAUUACGAUGCGUCAAAUAUUUCAUCCGUUCUUCCACUGCCAACAUCCGUCUUACCGGUCAGUAUAGCCGGACACUUCUCUCAAGAACAAUUACAGUACAAUCUAUUUUUGCAACCGUGUACAUUCAAAGAUCUUAUAGAUUUUUACUUGCACGAGAAUCAACACGAUUUAUUUCGAGAAACAAAAACAGCAACAUAUCUUCUGAGUAAUCUAUCAAAUCACUCUAGUCAUUUUUCCGAAUCCAAAUGGUCGAAAAUCAAAACAAUUCUCUCCAAUAUUCAAUGUAUACCAACAACACAAGGCAUGCGAGUGCCUAAUGAAUCGUAUAUUCCAUCUCAAAUGUCAACAUCGGACUCGCCCGUGAUCACACUGAAUCUUUUGCCAGACAAAACGGCACACAGUCAAAGUAAUGCCAAUGACUCCGAUGAGAAUCUUGUCUCCCGGUAUUUCCUCAAACAAAUCGGCUGCCGGGUAGUAAAUAUCCAAGCGAUUGUUACAUCGAGCAAUCGACCGGGACUAACUCAGGAGAAUAUGCGAGCUUUGAUUGAAAACUUGGUGAAGGAACGGAAAAAUAUGAGCGAUGCUGACUUCCAAGCGUUGAAAGCAAGUCGAUUCUUACAAGGAUCAACACUACAAUCUGCAACUGGAAUUAAACAACUCUAUUGUCCUCAUAAUCUUCAUUUCCCAUCUGUUGCGGAACAACUCAAAUGGAAUGAAUUACUCGUUCUCGACUGGCCUGAUAUCGAUCGAAAUUCAGCAGAGUUCGCGUUGUUGAAAGAGUUAGGUGUACGAGAAGUACCCGACUUGAUUAGUUUGAUCGAUCGAAUCAUUGUUGAACACAAUGAUAAACAACAGGACGUUCGAAAANACAUAGCUCGAUGGAAUACAGAACUUCUUUCAGCUGUGGGACAAAUUGCUCGGAUUCUCUAUGAUCAGAUGAUCUCUCGCAACCACUAUUCCGAUUACAGUACGUUGAUCAAAACAUACUCUUUUCAACCAACAACGCCCAAUGUAAAAGUUGGUAACAUCGUUCGCAGUGGAUUUUUUGCUUCUGUGGAAAAUAUUCUCGUUCCGGUGAAAGCACUGCCAUCGGCAGAACAAUUGUCGUUGAUACCAUCUACUGCAGCAUAUAUUGCCGAUGCUGAACAUAUUCACGGAUUUCUUUCUGUUCCACUUGUACCAUUUGACCUGACAAAAAAUGAUUUCUUUACGGCGCUGAAAGAAUAUCAAAUGAUUCAUGUUGUUCAUAAAUCUUUCAUCAAAAAACACUUGGCCACAUCAAUCCUUUCAUUCAACGAACUAACCGAGCUGUUGAAAUGGCUUUGUACUUGUAGUAGUAAUGAUCGUUCCUACGUAAAAGACAUCCUAUCAAUCACACGUUUCCAAAAAACGACAACUUCAUUCAAAAUUUCAUUUCAACAAAUGAUUCAUUACGAUGCGUCAAAUAUUUCAUCCGUUCUUCCACUGCCAAGAUCCGUCUUACCGGUCAGUAUAGCCGAACACUUCUCUCGAGAACAAUUACAGUACAAUCUAUUUUUGCAACCGUGUACAUUUAAAGAACUUAUAGACUUUUACUUACACAAGAAUCAACACGAUUUAUUUCGAGAAACGAAAACAGCAACAUGUCUUCUGAGUAAUCUAUCGAAUCACUCUAGUCAUUUUUCCGAAUCCAAAUGGUCGAAAAUCAAAACAAUUCUCUCCAAUAUUAAAUGUAUACCAACAACACAAGGCAUGCGAGUGCCCAAUGAAUCGUAUAUUCCAUCUCAGAUGUCAACAUCGGACUCACCCAUGAUCACACUGAAUCUUUUACCAGACAAAACGGCACACAGUCAAAGUAAUGCCAAUGAUUCCGAUGAGAAUCUUGUCUCCCGGUAUUUCCUCAAACAAAUCGGCUGCCGGGUAGUAAAUAUCCAAGCGAUUGUUACAUCAAGCAAUCGAUCGGGAUUGACUGAAGAGGCCAUGCGAACUUUGAUUGAAAACUUGGUGAAGGAACGGAAAAAUAUGAGCGAUGCUGAUUUCCAAGCGUUGAAAGCAAGUCGAUUCUUACGAGGAUCAACACUACACUCUGCAACUGGAAUUAAACAACUCUAUUGUCCUCAUAAUCUUCAUUUUCCAUCUGUUGCGGAACAACUCAAAUGGAAUGAAUUACUCAUUCUCGACUGGCUUGAUAUCGAUCGAAAUUCAGCAGAGUUCGCGUUGUUGAAAGAGUUAGGUGUACGAGAAGUACCCGACUUGACUAGCUUGAUCGAUCGAAUCAUUGUUGAACACAAUGAUAAACGACACGACGUUCAAAAAUCGAAACGCGGAUACGACCUACCAUUAGCACUUCGAUUUUUAGCAGAGAACUUUCAAAAACACUAUUCAAUAGUCUGGAAAACAAAUGACAUUCAACAAUUAUUUCUUCCAUCAAAUCUGGCAAAUCAUCGUGAAGUUAUCUUAUCCAGAAUAGAUCAAGUCUUUCUCAAAUCAAAUCCACUCUAUGCUACUCUUCUCCCUGAAGUAGUGAAACUAUUCGAGAAGUUCUAUAUCAUUUCAUUGCUCGGGAUCAAAGAACAAUCAACUAUCACACAAGCAUUCGAUAAAGUUAUGGAACGAAAAACAGAACUAUUAACCACAACAUCUGCCGGUUCAAUAUUCGCGUAUUUAAAUGGACUUGAAGGACUCAAUCAAACGUUUGUUAAACGUUUGUCGGGCGUGGCUUUCAUUCCUUUGGAUGGUUCACCAGUAUUAUUGAAACCAACGCAAGUUUUCAUUCGGCAAGCGAAUAGUUCAAUUUCUCUCGAUUUGAAUACCGCUGGUCUGAUCGAUUAUGUGGAUUUUGGACUCGAAGGAAAUGCAUUUCUCUUGACGAUCGGUGUACUUCAUUAUCCAACGAUUCCCUUGCUUGCCGAGCUGCUUCUUGAUCGACAGAAAACUUAUUUUUCCAAUACUACAAAUGAUCACACGAGUGUGAAGCAAAAGAUCGAUGUUUAUUCGGAUUGUUUGAAACGAAUCGCAGUUGUGUCAGUUAAAACACCCGAGUUUCUCCAUGGGCCGUUGGAAAAACGAUUAAAAACCGAACCGUGGUGCCUUGGUUAUGAAACGCACUUCUAUCGGAUCGUCACACCGACACAAAUUUAUCUCAACGAUGAUCCGCAAUGUGUACUGACCCAUGAACCGAUCUGUUCGAAUGACGUGGAAUUAAAUAAAUUAUAUCGCCAGUUCGGAGCAAAAUGGCUAUCCGAAUGUGUCACUCGAGAUCUCGUACCGACAGGACGAUCUUCACCAACCGAGCGAACGAAGAAAUUAAAAGAAAAAAUCCAGCAACGUUUGAAUAUCCUAUUCGUCGAUAAGCAAGGUGAACCAUUAGCUAGUUUGAACAAAGAACGUUUGUAUAUGCUGGAAAAGAGUCUAUUAGUUGUGGAAGUUAAAAAUAUCAAAUGCAGUUUGACAUUUCAAAAUAGAACGGAAUUACUCGACUCAAAAAACAGCAGUUCAUGUACAUUGCAAAAGAAAGAAAAUGAACAAGUAUUGUAUCUUCGACAUGAUACAUCCAUUUCGGACUACGAUUAUUUUGACAUUGCCAGUGAACUGGCACGAUUUGUUUUCGAUAAUGCAUCCGAAGCAUUGAUUCAUAUCAUAUCCAAUCGACUGACAUCGUCGUUGGAAUCACUAGAACGACAAGGUCUUCCUGUGAGAUCUUUGCUAGAAACGAGACUACACGAUUUCCAAGCACCACCGGAAGAUGUAGACGCACAAACGAAAUCGAGAAAUAUUCCAUUACCAUUAGCCGCUAUUUUCGGCGUAUUCAAGUUUCUCCGUCCGUCCAACAAGAAAUCUAAAUAUCCUAUAAUAUCUAGUGAUCAGCCACCUCCUCAUCACGCUACAGCUGUUGUACCUAACGAAGAUCAACUCCUGGAUCGAGUGACGACAGCGGAUUCGAUCAGGCCUUUGCCAGAAAGGGCACAUCGUCCGCAUGAUCAUCAAUCAGACACAGUCAUUCCUCCUACUGAAGAUUUCAAAUCCAGAAGUCAGAAGAUGAGCAAACAAUUACGUCGACUACCCAAAAAAAGUCGAUCAUAUCCUGAUUCUGUGAUUAUUCAUGAUGGAUAUGUCAGAAAUGAGCAUUAUGAAUCAUGUGAAGUCGUACCGAAUGCUAAUAUGGAAAUGUAUCGUAAUUCUGACCUUCUAAUACCAUUAUUUGUUGAGAAAGGCAUUAAAAUGACACUUGAUAUGAUCGAUCAUGCCGAGCUGCUCACUCACAUACUGAUCAAUCUGGCUGAACAUGUUUUCGAACUGCCCACUGAAUCGUUGCAUCUCUAUCGGGAUUUCAACGGAUCUCGCAUAGCAUUCAAUGCCAACGGUGCACUUUUCUUCAAUCUUCGCUAUUUCGAGCAAAUCUAUGCUGCUGAACUGCAAGCAUACAUUGACAGACCGACAGCAUCGAACAGCAUUGUCACCACAAUUAUCAACUUCUAUUUCAUGGUUACCUGCCAUGAACUUGUGCAUAAUAUUAAUCCAAAUCAUGACUUAAGUUUUAUUAGUAGUUUACAACAAUGCGCAGUGGAGUUUAUGGAACGAAAGGAUAUUCUUCUAGCAACUUUUUCAUUGAAGUCGAGAACAUCUACUGGUGUAACACAGUUUUAA